UGACCAAAAUGGGACGUGUAUUUGAUAUGCUUGUUUGUAUGUGUGAUUUGCAAAAUAGAUUACUGCAAGAAAUUGAGAUAUGUUAGCUCUUUUAUUGUGAAAUAGAUGGAAAAGGCAAUUUGGAAUGAACAUUACACUACCGUUUUCUGUGAGAUAUGCAAAGAUGAGGUUGAUGCUAACAAUAGGCCAUUGGGAUGUUUGAACCGGAGAGGUUAUAAAAACCUGGGUGAGAAGUUCUUUGCACAAACGGGGAAAAAAUUAACCAAGAAGCAAUUUAAAAACAAGUGGGACUUGUUGAAGAAAGAGUAUACUCAAUUUAUGGAGUUGAAGAAUGCGGCAACCGGGCUAGGUUGGGAUUAUGUGAGGGGAACCAUUGAGGCUGAUGAAGUUUGGUGGAAGGUCCAUUUGGAGAAAUACCCGAAGCAUGCAAAGUACAAGAAGAAAGGAUUGGCCAACUUGGAUGAGUUGGAUGCCAUGUUUGACGAAGCUGCCUGA